AUGGUAGCUGCUGUACUGCAGUCAAGGUCGUUGAAAGUUUUGCAAACAUUUUUUGAGGCAAGACCCGCACGGAUAUCAUGUAAAAACCCUAUAAAACGUCAAAAAAAAACCUAUAAGAUGUCAACUUGCAGAGUAGGAAGUUUUUAGGGUGCAAACAGUCAUUCCACGAUUGUUCACUAGGAUCGUUGUGAACGUCCAUCUAUGGAGGGAUCACUCAACUAAACUACGCAUUAUUGGUUGCAUAGUUUUGUGAGGCUGAGUGAUCCGGGUCUGUAGUUUUUAUCUCCGAGAAGAAAGUUGGUUGGAUAGCAAGAUCGCAUCUGGACGAUUUUGUGUAUUGGUCUGCAUGUGUAUAAAAUCAGUGAUAUUUGCUGUGUGAGAAAAUCAUUACUGAAUAUGCCGAAUAUGACGGGUUAUUUAUAUGUUGUGCUUUCUGAGGAGAGGUUAUGUUCAAAGUUAUAAAUUACGAAAAAAUUAGGAGAAUUACGGAAAAUCAUCACCGUGCCCUCGUUGUGUGUAAUUCACAAAUCCGUUCUUAUCGAAGUGAGCUUCAUCGCUCAUUAUCAGUUGUCGGUAAAAAUCGUUAUUUUGGGUACCUCGGUUGGCCGCGUGGGUCAGAGUGUCGUGCUACUGAUCAGCCGGCCAGCCGGGCCGCGAGUGGUAGAUGGUCUCUGACUGUCGAACGCGGAGGUACCACCCGGCGGUUCUCGUAGGCGGAGCCAGAAUGUGUGCAUGUUGCAUGCACACGUGUUCCCUCGCCAGAGUCCGUGUG